ACUGUCUCUAUCUUUCUUGUCUAGAUUAGAGCUGUGUCUGUUAAUGUAGUUAAAGACACUAAGGGAUCAAACAAGCUGUGCUAUACAUACUAGCUAGAGCCAAAAGAUGCAGCUAAGAGAAUCCAUUCGGAAGAGCCACAAGACUCUCCAACAUCUCAAGUCUCUCUUCUUUGUAGGGUAUCAAAAACUGCCCAAGCCCUUCUCGUGUGCCACCAGCAGCAAAAAGAAUCACCAAACAGAUCAAUUCUACACUGACUUUUGCAACGAGUGGGAGUGUGAUCUAGAAAAGGCAACGAAGAAGAAGAAGAAUGGUAUCACGCUAUCAAAAGAACUGGCAAGAGAAGAAGAUGGAUGUAAUGGAAGUUCCUUGGAGCGUCCAAGGAAUCCAUUGAAGAAGAAAGAAGUGGGAAUAAAGGAAGAGAAGAGCAAGAAAAGUUCAACUCUAAGAAAAGAAUACUCAAACAAGAAGGAUAAAGGAGGUUAUGCACUAGCAAAAAAGAUGAAGGAAUUGGAAAUGAUGGGUGGAAGUGACAUGGAACAUGUGUUGGAUGUAGAAGAAGCACUUCACUAUUACUCUCGUCUUAAAAGUCCGGUAUAUCUUGACAUUGUUGACAACUUCUUCACUGAUAUGUACAAGGAAUUCUCUGUUCCACAGAGGUCUGCAAGCAUCAACAGUUCAAAGCAAAGACUUCGUUCAAUUAGGCUAUAGAUGGAUACUCAAGUUUGUGAGUUCUUCCUUGUGCACAUGCAUAUGUUUCCUCUUUCUAAUUGUUCCUUUCAAUAUUACAUUUGAGUAUAUCUUAUUUUGCAUCGUUGAUUUGA